CGGCGGCUGGCCAUCUUAAGUGGCCGCGGAGAGUCUAGGGCCGCUUCCCCCGGGAAGGGCGCCCCGGAGCAGCCCAGGAGUUGAGGCCGGCGCUGCAGGCGGCGGCGGCUGCACGGCACACCAGGCGGCCUGCGCGGCGGAGCGCGGGGCCCGGAUCCCCGCCCCGGCGGCCCGCGGAUCCUCAGGCCCGGGGCCCGGGCCCAGCCCCAGCCUCAGCCCCUUGCGCGCCGAGGGUAUGGCGCGGGGCGGUGGGCGCGGGCGGCGCUAAGCCCAGCGCGGGCCAUGGCCUCGGCUGGCGGUGCGCUGGGCCCCGGAGGCAACGGGCCGGGGGGCGCGCUGGGCAGCCCGGCCCCUGCUUGGUACCACCGAGACCUGAGCCGCGCCGCUGCCGAGGAACUGCUGGCCCGGGCAGGCCGCGAUGGCAGCUUCCUGGUCCGAGACAGCGAGAGUGUGGCGGGCGCCUUCGCGCUCUGCGUCCUGUAUCAGAAGCAUGUGCACACAUAUCGAAUUCUGCCUGAUGGAGAAGACUUCCUGGCUGUGCAGACCUCGCCGGGGGUGCCUGUGCGCCGCUUCCAGACCCUGGGCGAGCUCAUUGGCCUGUAUGCCCAGCCCAACCAGGGCCUGGUGUGCGCCCUGCUGCUGCCUGUGGAGCGGGAGCGAGAGCCAGACCCUCAAGACGACCGCGAUGCCUCAGAUGGGGAGGAUGAGAAGCCCCCGCUGCCCCCACGCUCUGGCUCCACCAGCAUUUGUGCCUCUGUGGGGCCCAGCAGCCCCCCACCAGCCCCUGAGACCCCCACAACUCCGGCUGCUGAGAGUGCUCCCAAUGGGCUGAGCACUGUCUCGCAUGAGUACCUGAAGGGCAGCUACGGGCUGGACCUGGAGGCUGUUCGGAGUGGAGCCAGCAACCUGCCCCACCUCACCCGCACUCUUGCCACCUCAUGCCGGAGGCUACACAGUGAGGUGGAUAAGGUCCUGUCUGGCCUGGAAAUUCUGUCCAAGGUGUUUGACCAGCAGAGCUCGCCCAUGGUUACCCGCCUUUUGCAGCAACAGAACCCAUCACAGACGGGGGAGCAGGAACUAGAGAGCCUGGUGCUGAAACUGUCCGUGUUAAAGGACUUCCUGUCAGGCAUCCAGAAGAAGGCCCUGAAGGCCCUUCAGGAUAUAAGUUCCACGGCCCCCCCGGCUCCACUGCAGCCAUGCACACGUAAGGCCAAGACCAUCCCUGUGCAGGCCUUUGAGGUGAAGCUGGAUGUGACCCUGGGUGAUCUGACCAAGAUCGGGAAGUCACAGAAGUUCACGCUGAGCGUGGAUGUUGAGGGCGGGCGGCUGGUGUUGCUGCGGAGACAGCGAGACUCACAGGAGGACUGGACAACCUUCACUCAUGACCGCAUCCGCCAGCUCAUUAAGUCUCAGCGUGUCCAGAACAAGCUGGGUGUCGUGUUUGAGAAGGAGAAGGACCGGACACAGCGCAAGGACUUCAUCUUUGUCAGUGCCCGGAAGCGGGAGGCCUUCUGCCAGCUGCUACAGCUCAUGAAGAACAAGCACUCGAAGCAGGAUGAGCCCGACAUGAUCUCUGUCUUCAUAGGCACCUGGAACAUGGGAAGUGUGCCUCCUCCGAAAAAUGUGACAUCUUGGUUCACAUCGAAGGGACUGGGGAAGACUCUGGACGAGGUCACAGUUGCCAUACCCCAUGACAUCUAUGUUUUUGGGACCCAGGAGAACUCGGUGGGUGACCGAGAAUGGCUGGACCUGCUACGCGGGGGCCUCAAGGAGCUCACAGAUCUGGAUUAUCGCCCGAUUGCCAUGCAGUCCCUGUGGAACAUCAAGGUGGCUGUGCUGGUCAAGCCAGAGCACGAGAACCGCAUCAGCCAUGUCAGUACCUCCAGUGUGAAGACUGGCAUUGCCAACACCCUGGGAAACAAGGGGGCUGUGGGCGUCUCCUUCAUGUUCAAUGGCACUUCAUUUGGCUUUGUGAAUUGCCACCUCACCUCGGGAAAUGAGAAGACUGCCCGGCGGAACCAGAACUACCUGGACAUCCUGCGGCUGCUCUCGCUGGGCGACCGCCAGCUCAGUGCCUUUGACAUCUCUCUGCGUUUCACUCACCUCUUCUGGUUUGGGGACCUCAACUACCGUCUGGACAUGGAUAUCCAGGAGAUCCUGAACUAUAUCAGCAGAAAGGAGUUUGAGCCCCUGCUCAGGGUGGACCAGCUCAACUUGGAGCGGGAGAAGCACAAGGUCUUCCUCCGAUUCAGUGAAGAGGAGAUUUCCUUCCCGCCCACCUACCGCUACGAGCGAGGUUCCCGGGACACAUAUGCCUGGCAUAAGCAGAAGCCAACUGGGGUCCGGACCAACGUGCCUUCAUGGUGUGACCGGAUUCUCUGGAAAUCCUACCCUGAGACCCACAUCAUCUGCAAUUCCUAUGGUUGCACUGAUGACAUUGUCACCAGCGACCACUCCCCCGUGUUUGGGACAUUUGAGGUUGGCGUUACCUCUCAGUUCAUUUCCAAGAAAGGGCUCUCAAAGACUUCAGACCAGGCCUACAUUGAGUUUGAGAGCAUCGAGGCCAUUGUGAAAACAGCCAGCCGCACCAAGUUCUUCAUUGAGUUCUACUCCACCUGCCUGGAGGAGUACAAGAAGAGCUUUGAGAAUGAUGCCCAGAGCAGUGAUAACAUCAACUUCCUCAAAGUGCAGUGGUCUUCACGCCAGCUGCCCACGCUCAAGCCCAUUCUGGCUGACAUCGAGUACCUGCAGGACCAGCACCUCCUGCUCACAGUGAAGUCCAUGGAUGGCUAUGAAUCCUAUGGGGAGUGUGUGGUGGCACUCAAGUCCAUGAUUGGCAGCACAGCCCAGCAGUUCCUGACCUUCCUGUCCCACCGUGGCGAGGAGACAGGCAACAUCCGUGGCUCCAUGAAGGUGCGGGUGCCCACAGAGCGCCUGGGCACCCGUGAACGACUCUACGAGUGGAUCAGCAUUGAUAAGGAUGAGGCAGGAACAAAGGGCAAAGCCCCCUCUGUGUCCCGAGGCAGCCAAGAGCCCAGGUCAGGGAGCCGAAAGCCAGCCCCCACAGAGGCCUUCUGCCCACUCUCCAAGUUAUUCGAAGAACCAGAGAAACCACCACCAACGGGGAGGCCACCAGCCCCUCCUCGAGCUACUCCCCGGGAGGAGCCCUUGACCCCCAGAAAUGGUUUCUGCAACAGCUCCCUCCACGUAAACAGAACCGGUGUGAGCUCCUGUGUGGAGAAGGCACACGCCUCAGCUCGGGGUCUCCCUCGGCGCUCUCUGUGGAGCACUCACAGCUCUAUAGUGCCCCCUGGAAACGGGUUGAAGCCAGAGGGGGCUCCAGAGUCUGAAGGGGUGGCGGCUCCUCCACCCAAGAACAGCUUCAAUAACCCUGCCUACUACGUCCUUGAAGGGGUCCCACACCAGCUGCUGCCCCCAGAGCCACCUCCGCCUGCCAGGGCCCUUGUCCCACCUGCCACCAAGAACAAGGUGGCCAUCACAGUGCCUGCUCCACAGCUUGGUCGCCACAGGCCUCCCCGAGCGGGAGAGGGGAGCUCAUCAGAUGAGGAGCCUGGGGGCACACUGCCCCCUCCAGACUUUCCACCCCCACCACUGCCAGACUCGGCCAUCUUCCUGCCUCCAAGCCUGGAUCCUUUGCCAGGGCCAGUGGUCCGGGGUCGCAGUGGGGGUGAGGCCCGUGGCCCACCCCCCCCUAAGGCCCAUCCAAGACCCCCACUGCCCCCAGGUCCCUCAUCCACUAGCACUUUCCUGGGGGAGGUAGCCAGUGGGGACGAUCGCUCCUGCUCGGUGCUGCAGAUGGCCAAGACGCUGAGUGAGGUGGACUACGCUCCUGCUGGGCCUGGCCGCUCAGUGCUCCUGCCAGGCCCCCUGGAGCUGCAGCCACCCAGGGGACUGCCCUCAGACUACGGCCGGCCGCUCAGCUUCCCUCCACCUCGUAUCCGAGAGAGCAUCCAGGAGGACCUGGCAGAGGAGGCUCCGUGCCCGUGCCCGUGCCCGCAGAGCGGGCGGGCCGGCGGGCUGGGUGAGGCGGGCAUGGGCGCCUGGCUGCGGGCCAUCGGCUUGGAGCGCUAUGAGGAGGGCCUGGUGCACAAUGGCUGGGACGACCUGGAGUUUCUCAGCGACAUCACCGAGGAGGACCUGGAGGAGGCUGGGGUGCAGGACCCGGCUCACAAGCGCCUCCUUCUGGACACCCUGCAGCUCAGCAAGUGACAGCGGUGGCACUGUGAAGCUGCGAAUUCAGCGCCCCUUCCUACCCCCACGAAGAUCUAGCCGUGGCCCCCGAGUUGAAAAUUUAUGAGGGGUGGGCAGCACCUCUCUACCUAUUUAUUUGGAAUCUGCGUUCCCCACAACCCAAUCUUUUGGAAUGCCCUAAUUAGGACAUCCUGCCCCUCCUUUUAUUCCAGGGGCACCAGAGAUCAGUUACCAUGGUUACCAAGGACCUUGGUUAUUCUGGUGCUGCCCAUCCUUUCUGGACCCCUCAGACCUAAGGAGUGUCUGAGGGGUCCAUUUGGGUACGUCUGGACCCUCACUUUCACCACUGUUCUUUGGCCUGUAGCACAGAGGGAGGGGCUCAGUUGGGACCUCUCCCCAACACCCACUCUGGGGUGUCCAUCCGGAAAUGAAGGAACAGUCCAAGUACCGGGCUGGGUUUAAUUUAAGAUUUUCUGUGUGGGUUUAGGGAGGGCAGGGACUUUAAUAUUAUUGGGGCGGUUGGGAAUGGGGGAUGAAUCUCUGCCAUAAAGUGCCAGUUUGCUUAGUUCUCACUGUCUCCUGGUCUAUGUGAGCGUGUGUGUGUAGCAGCCUCUGGGAGCAAGGGAGACCCAGCUCUUACCAGCAGCCAGCCUGUCCCCAUCCUGGGUACUCAGAGGGGUUAGCGGCAUGAUGUCUUCAAUAAAUUAAGUUUUAUUUGGA